AACUAAUUUAUAAUAAAGUCAAAUAUCUCCGUAUACUUGAUUUAGGCGUUAUAUAUAAAAAACUCUUCAUAUCUUUCAGAGAAGAAGAGGAAGAUAAGAAAGAAAUGAUGAAGAUGAAUAGUCAAGUGUUAAUCAUAAUCUUCACUCUAGUUUUGCUUCUAAGCAUGGCUUCGAGUGUUAUUUCAAGAGAAGAUGGUUUUACUCCUCCUAAACCAUCUCCCUCAUUCACGCAUGAGAGUAGGAAAGGCGAUGGAGAUGGAGUAGAGUGCAAGAGUUCAGACAGUGAUGAAGAAUGUCUUGUUAAGAAAACCGUAGCUGCUCACACCGAUUACAUCUAUACACAAGACGUGAACAUAUCUCCUUGAAACAAGAACAAUUGCUCUUUUGUUUUUCAUUAAGUACAAGCUAUAAGCAUAAGAAACUCUCCUUGACCAUGUGCUAUCAUGUUCUUUGUUCUUUUAUUCUAAUCGUCGUUUGAUUUCUGUCAAAGUCAAUGUAUUAUUUAUCCUACGUUAUUUAACUUGUAGGUGUUACUAGGUCAAGUUUAAUUGGG